AUGCGGGACGCGCGGUACGGCACUGCGCGUCGUGUCGUACCGAUCCGCGCGCACACCGUCGUCACGAACCGGCAAUUGCGGGUCCGGUUUUCGCGCGCUUUUCGUCGCCACUCCCGUUCGGAUACGCGCCGCGUCGGCCGCGCCGUUUCGCUCCGCGCCCGGAUAGUCGCAGAUGCGCGCGCGCUGAGGGGGCGGCGGCAGUGCAGCGUUGUCGUGAUAGGUGCACUGGGACGUCGUCAAUGCGGCGGCGGCGUGUGCGCUAUGACGCCGCCGCGGGCGCUGCUUGCGGCACUGCUGGUGUGCCAGCUGCUCUCCUACGGUGGCCACCAAGGACUCACCAAGAUAUUCUACAUGUUACCUGACACGGGACAGCCUCCUAUACUCAUCUCUCUGGUGGAAAACGCAAAGCUAGAUUUAAAAGCCGCUGAUGAACUAUUGUUUGUCAAUGAAUCCGAAGAACAUAAUGACACGAAAAGGUUCACCAUCGGAGAGGUCGACGCUGCUACGGAGGCAGAAGACGUUGGUACAGAGAAGGAAUCCACAGAACCAUUGCUCGUCGUUAAAGCGAAACCAAUGCACGAAACAAGACAAACAGAAGAUGCAUUUCGAGGCGCCACUCCCACACCAGAAGUGGAAAAAGAAUCUCAACCGGAGGAGAGAAGGGAGGAAAACAUUCCAGUCAAGCCGGAGACGCCCCAAGAAGACAUCCCCUCGUUCUCAGAGUGGGCUCAGAAACAAUUGGCCGAGGCCGAAAAGAAAGACACAGUGCUGAACCACUCGAGUCAACCUAGUCAUAGCAAUACAAACUUUAGUAAUAAAAGCACAAAGCUUCGCUCAAAAAACUACGCUUCGCUCGCUUGCGGGGCGAAAGUGGUGGCAGUCAACCCCGAGGCCGGCUCGGCCAGCUCAAUUUUAUCCCCUAACAGGGACGAGUACAUGCUCAACACUUGCAACAGCCGAAUCUGGUUCGUGGUAGAGCUCUGCGAGGCAGUUCAAGCGCAGAAGAUCGAGAUAGCCAACUUCGAGUUGUUCUCCUCGACUCCCAAGGACAUCGCCGUGUACUUCAGCGACCGUUUCCCGACGCGCGAUUGGGCCAGCGUCGGCCAGUUCACCGCUCAGGACAUGAGGGACGUACAGAGCUUCGAUCUGUACCCGCAUUUGUUCGGUAAAUUCAUAAAAGUGGAAAUGCUCUCGCAUCACGGCUCCGAACAUUACUGUCCGAUAUCGCUUUUCAAAGUGUAUGGAACGUCAGAGUUCGAGGUGCUCGAAAAGGAAAGCUCCCAGCACACUUCUCAUAUAGAUGAGGAUGAAGACGACGAGAUAAUCGACGUUCCGGAUGUGCCAACGGUAGACGCGGAGCCGUCUAAAAACCUUUUUGGAUCUGCCAGAGACGCAGUCAUGUCUAUUAUGAAGAAGGCCGCUCAAGCGUUAGUGAAGACAGAAGUUCCUAAAAAUAUAUCUAAUGAAAACAAUGAUACGUCUGUUGACGAAAUGUACAAAAAAUGUUGCUCCCCCAGCCAUAUUAUUGUAUGUGAUAAUUGUAGUGAAACGCUAUAUAACGAAGUGUAUGAGUUACUCAGUUGUAGUUCGGACAAGUUAACUAAUUUAGUGCGUCAAGUGUUCCUACGAGAUACUUUGAAGUGUACGGGAAUUUGCCAGCCAUUUGGCUUAGACUUUAAAAGUACAAAGACAAUUGAAUUUAGUGAUGAACGUGUCGCGUACAUGAACGCUCUGUUACCGCCUAAAUAUUUGGCGGCGUUGUGUAAUAUUCUCGCUAUAAAAGAGAAAAAGGUAGUGUUAAACUCCAGCUUCGAGACUGAACAAAACGUUACCACAAACAUAACUCUGGACGAAUCGCCGCAGAAAAUUAACAGCGAAACGAAUUCUGAAUUAGAAAUCAAAUUAGUGCCGAUCAAAAAUAACGAGAGUGCAGACGAUAAAACCAAUGAGACUCAGUUGAAAGAAACACCGGCAGCAUCAGAACAAACAAAUGAGAACAGUGUUACCAUAGAGUUAUUGAAAGAGGAGAAAGAAGAGACGGACAUCAAAAAGGAAGAACAAACAGUGUCAGAGGAUAUUUCAGUACCGGAGGUAAAAGAGGAAUCUGCGUUUGAAGGCGCUCGAGGCUUGGAAUCGGAAGGCGAGAUCGAAGUUAGAGAGGGCUCCCCGAAAAUAGAUAUGAAGAACGGAAAAUCGGAGUCGACAAUGGAUAAAUCAAAGGAGCCCAUCGUCGUUGAGGAGAUGACCGAUCAAAUGAUAAUGAUCGAGAGCGACAACUUCAUAUCGGACCUGGACCAGAUGGCUGUGGACCCCGCGCCAGCCGGAUCGCAGACUCUCAACCAGAACCAAGUACAGACCACUUUGCAGAAGGAGUCUGUAUUCCUGAGACUGUCUAACAGAGUAAAGACUUUAGAACGGAAUAUGUCAUUGUCCGGUCAAUACCUGGAGGAGUUGAGUAGGCGCUACAAGAAGCAAGUAGAGGAAAUGCAGAAAUCAUUCGAGAAGACCAUGGUCCAGAUGUCCGAGGAGCGACGGAAAAGCAACGAGAGAGAACAGAAGUACUUGGAGCAAUUGACAAACUUGCAGGAGCAGCUUACCCAGAUGGCGUCCGCUCUGAACACGCUGAUGGAGGAGAGGAACAGCUGGUUCGGCAACAUGACCGUGCUCAAGUUCAUACUGUUUCAGACGGUGGUACUCACCGUCGCGUUCUACUACGUGUCGAAACGGAGAAUGAGCGAGCACGUCGUGAUGGUGCCCGUCGCGAAGAAGAUAAAGAGGAAGCAAGACAAGUUCAGGAGGAAAUCGGUGGAGGGGGUCAGCGGCCACGCGACGCCGUCGACGAAGAAGCGGCGGCCCAGCGAGGAGGCGUUCCAGAUAGAGAGGCAGUCCACGGAGGAGAUGGAGCGGGAGGCGGCCGAGGGCGGGUGGCAGGUGGCGCGGAAGAACAGAAGAAGGAAGACCUCGGUGAUGCACAGGGGUCCGGAGUACGAAGCGGAGGUCAGCUGCACGAGGCAGGACAGCAUGGGCGAGCUCCAAGAGAACCCGAUACCGCUCGACGGCGGCGAGUACUUUUCCCCCGUGUCGGAACCGCGAGAGUUCACCGGAGACACCCCAACUAAGAAGGAUUCGCCGAAGGCGAACGGCUCAUUCUUCAACAGCCUGAAGUCGAAGACGAUGAAGACGAGGCGGCUGUCUUCGCCGGCCUUUUUGAGGACGCUAAGCAGGCAGAGCGCUAGAAGUACGCCCAGCCCCGUUCCUAGGACAGCGGAGCCGAUGUUCAACGGGCGGCUGGAGAAGAAGGCGCCCUCCGAAUCGCCCACCGGCAGCCUCUGGUCCGAAUCCACCGAGAUAUCGAGCAACGGCCACCGCGAGAGCGAGACGGUCGGCAAAAAGAGGAAGAGCCUGAAGAACAUACUGAAGAAGGUGUUC